AUGUCGUACCCAACAGACGAGGUAACCGUCACCUACCAAGACCGUGUAGCCAUCAUCACUCUGAACCGGCCGUCGAAGCUCAAUGCCUUGACCGCCGCACACUACUAUCUUCUUGGCCAGAAGAUGCGAGAAGUUGCGGAGAGAGACGACAUAUAUAUCACAGUCCUGACUGGGGCCGGCAGGUUCUUCUCGGCUGGUGCAGAUGUUGUUCGAAGUGCACCCGAGACAGGUGAAAACAUAGACGGACGUCGAGAUAUCGUUCAAGGAUUCGUCGCUAAUAACAUCGACCUUACCCAUACCUUCUAUACACACCCCAAGAUCCUGGUUGUUGCUCUUAAUGGGCCCGCCGUCGGCUUUUCCGCUGCACUCACUGCUUUCGGAGAUUUUAUCUACGCAACCCCUCAUGCCUAUAUCCUCACGCCCUUUUCGUCUAUCGGCCUAGUUACAGAGGGAGGUUCCAGCCACGCGUUUGUCAAGCGGAUGGGCAUCUCGAAGGCCAAAGAAGCUCUUAUCAUGAGCAAACGUAUCCCAUCGGAGGAUCUCUUGCAAACCGGAUUCGUAAAUAAGAUCUUCACUCCAUCAAGUGGGAAGGAGGAUGAUUCAGAUGCCUUCCUUAAGAUGGUCCUACACGAAAUCGAUAUGACUCUGGGCACCCAUCUGAACCAGGACAGUAUGUUGAAGAUCAAGGCUUUGAUCGGCGCGCCAGAUCGAGAUAUAUUGGACAAACAAAAUGUCCGCGAAGUGUUUGGGGGACUAGAGCGUUUUGUGUCUGGCAUCCCUCAAGCCGAGUUUAUGAAACUUGCUUCUGGCCAGAAGCGACAUAAGCUAUAG